GACCAAUCUAUUAUUCUAGGCUUCUUUCGCUCGUUUUCGAAGACACAUCAUCUAAGAUAGAUCAUCUUCCAGCCUUUCGACUUUAGAUCAUUCACAAUGCACGCAAUCUAUACCUCGAUCUUUACCCUCGCGGCCUUCGCUGUCGCUCAAGACUUGACGGACACUACUCAGGCCAUCAAGUUGAUUCCAGCAUGUGCUAUUAGCUGUUUCACUCAGGGCAUUACCGCCACGACAUGCGGCCCGACUGACGUGCACUGUCAAUGCACAACCGGAGCAGCAGAUGUCGCCAAAGUGGUCAUACCAUGUCUGUGCAAUGCCAUGGCAGACAAAACUUGCAGUUCUGAUGAAUUGAUGAAGGCCGCUGACGCUACCACGAAAAUCUGUACCGCUGCACUGGCAGCUAAGGGCGAGACGUUCAAGUCUACAUCUCUCGAUCCUUCCAUGUGCAAGUCCUUGAACAGUGCUGUGGGUGGCUCGACCCCAAGCUCGACAGCAACCGCGAAAGCAACCUCGACGGCAAGCUCGAAAGCAACCUCGACACCAAGUCCUACUGCUGGACAUAGUGGAGGAAAUGCGACUAGUGGUCACAACGACACCACCUCCGGCCAUGCUGGCAAUUCAACAUCCACUUCCAAAAAAGGUUCUGCUCCUGCCGUGGCUGCUUUCGAGAGCUUCAAACUGCUCAUCUCGUGUGGUAUGCUGGGUCUUGCAGGUGUCGCUUGGAUGGCUUUGUAGAGGCUAGAGUCUUGAGAGAAGGCGCUGGGAGGAGUGAUACUGGCGGCGACGCUGACACAUGUCCCGCUAAAAGUGCGAAUUUGUCCCUCGCAAAUGAGUCUUGUAAACACCCACGUUUCGUAGUUGGAUGUAGCGCUGCAUGAUUUUCCUCACUUUGGGUUGCAAUGGCUGUUCAUAGAUUGUCGAAAGCCUUCCUCACUCAAGCGCCUCCUCCCAUUUCUUGCUCCAAGCAGU